AUGCCGACUUUAAGAGAAGAAGGCAUAUCACUACGGAAAUACGUCAUUCAACCAUUGGCUCGAGUACCGCUACGCAUCAAGAGAAUCUUAGGGCGCCAGGAUAAUACAGGUGUCGAUCGUAUAGCUCAGCAACCACAUCGGACGCUAGCAUCGAGAGCUAACGCAACACCUAGCACUGUGGCUUUGUCGUCUGUCAAUCGGCAGCCCUUGCCUAUGGUAAACGUGGAUGAUUGGACGCUCGUGGUGUGGAUCGGCUUCUGCAUCCUCAUCGUGGGUUUGGCUGGCCUCACCAUGCAGGUUCGUCAACAUGGCUUGCUCGAGUACCUACCACCGCGCAUCCAAAGACUACUUCUGCACACGAGCGUCUUUGACAUUUUCUUCGACCAAAACACCAUCGCUCGGCUCUCCAGGUUGUGGUCUCGGCUGUUCCUCCUGGCUGGCUUCAAGGGGCUCUCCGAAAAGACCACCCGUCAAAUUCUCGAGCAAAUGGACGAUGGUUUCGUCGAGCAAAUGCUACAACCUGGUUUGGCCCAUCAUCUGCCCUUGGUAGUUCAAAGGCACCUCUUGCCCAACCCAGUGGAGAACAUUCGAGAUCGGUUGCCAGUACCACGUUGGUUAUCAACGACUCAGCAGCGGAACGGCGAAGCUUCCACUGGACAGAUGGUGUUGAAGGUCGGGACGAGUCGUGAACUCCCGACAGCAUUCACAGGACUUCCGAGUGUUCGCAUCGAUCGCAGGACUGCGGCGGCCAUUAUCCAGUAUAAGAAGGCCCAUCCAGUGAUAAGACCGGAUAUGCCGCCUCCGAUCAGCCAUGCUAUGUGGAUGGUAGCUGCCCCGUCGACUUCUGUUGUGGCUGGUAUCAGCACGCUGGGACUGUCGAUAUUCGCGUUUAGGAAAGGAAAAUACCGAACAGCUGGCACUAUGCUGACGGCUGGUGUGUGUCUAGCCACAGCGAUCUACAAUCAUGGCAUCCAGAUUAAGCGCAGUACUUUACGGUAUGCUAUGGAGAACAAGCGGGAGGAUUGGGCAUCGGUAUACAAAGGCAACAUCAUGACGGCACACUAUGUGGCUAUUCGGCUUGUUGCCAAGUAUCGCUGGUAG